UGCUCUCGAUUUCUCGCGGCCGUGAAUUUGCUGUCUCAGACUCCGAUUUCCUGUCUCACAAAUUCUAUGUUCCGCUGAAUUCGUCUUGUUUUUUUAUCCGCUACACCACGUCGAUUUGCCCCUGCAGCGUGCGUUUCUCAAUCUCGAAUUUUCCUGCAGUGGAAUUCGAUACUAGUGGUGUGUGGUUUGCCGUCUUGUUUCGGUGUAAUCAAUGUGUUGAUCUCGUUCAAAGCGGGCAGUCAGCUUCAGCAGGGCUUUUAAGAGUGGUGUAUUCGCAUGGCGAGGCGGAAGCAAGCCAAGCCCUCUAGACCUAGCGGAUCCACUGUUCCAACCAAUGGAGAGGUUACCGACCAACUUGUGCAGAAUGAGGAGAGAGGUGAGCUGGCUGCAGUUCUUGAGGAUGCAGAAGAACUACCUGACGUUUUAAUCGGGAAGGACCAGGCCGUGCCGGAAACAACUCCCACAAAUGGGCGGUUCAAGAAUACUUCAGGCCAUGGGAAAUGUAUCAUUGAAGAGGUGGAAGUAAUUUUGCCAGAAUUCAGUGAGAGGGGGGCUGAAUUUGCUGAAAUUACUCUGCUUGAUCCAGUUUUAGUGGUAAAUUAUGAUACCAAAGCAAAAGGGAAAGAUGAGGAGAUCCAGGAGGUUGGAAUUUGUAGGUCCCCUUUCCAGGUUGUGCUUAAGGUUUCUGCUAAAAAUCACAAGAGUUUUGGUUAUCAAGAUCUGUCAGCAGAAGAAGUUAUUAUCGAGGUCAAGUCGUGGUCCGAGGAUGACUCCACUCGACUUCUCUUGUCGGGCAAGAUUGAUGGUCCAGACUCUGCGGUUUCUGGACUUGUGUACUUGAUUAGACAGGCGAUGUUGUAUAUGGAGGCUAGACCAUAUGAAGGAAAUUCCAAAUGUAAGUUCGGGAUUUCCAUCAGCAAAAAGGCUUUCGAUUCAUGUGCUAUGUACUUGGGGAACAGCGACCGGAAACCUUUAGGUAAAGCGAUUCAAAGUGUGGUUGAAUGGCUAAGACCCGAGCUGAGUGCUGAAUCAAUAAGCGUGUUUGGGUUAGAUGGUUCACCAACUCACAUUUCGGACAUGUUGACUAUUGCUGGUGAGAAGGACGAUCGGAAAGUUGAAGCGAUGUUCAACGGUGGGGAGAAACAGCACUCUAGUUUUGAUCCUACCGCACUUUAUGAAGCAGUACUGCCGAGCAGGACCCAACCAGAGCUGGACAUGGAUUUCCCAGAGCUCGUUACUGAGCUCCGACCAUAUCAGCGGCGUGCAGCAUAUUGGAUGGUGCAGCGUGAAGUGGGUUCCGGAGCAAUUGACAACCUUGACGAGUCGAGUAAUGCCUCAACAAGCGGAAUGAAAACCACAAGAGGUGUAGAGCAUCCUUUGUGGGUUCCUGUUGAUUCACUGACUGGCCAAUCAAAGUUCUUCUAUAAUCCUUACAGCGGAUAUGUCUCUAUGGAUCCUCACGAUUUUCAAACAGAUGUUCGUGGGGGUAUACUUGCUGAUGAGAUGGGUUUGGGGAAGACGGUAGAGCUACUGGCUUGUAUCCUUGCUCAUCGAGCUAGCAAGGAAACAUUGUUGAAAGUGACGGAGUCAGCAAAUCGAGCACGGGAGACCCUGAUGAAGUACAAAUGUGAACGCAUUGAUUGCAGUUGUGGAGCUACUCGAGAUGAUGAAUAUUACGAUGGUUCAUGGGUGCAAUGUGAUCAUUGUGAUGCAUGGCAACAUGCUCUAUGUGUUGGUUAUGCUUGUCCUACUGACAUCGAUGCAAACUUGAGACGAAUUGCAGCUCAAGCGCAACAAGUGAAGAAGGACGAGAAAGUUCGUCUGGGAAAGAGGGUCCUGGAGGCUAAUGGAAUGCCUGUCAACAUUGCUGCAAGGGAGAGGAAAGGAAAGAGAAGCAGGAACGUGCACCGAUCAGAGGGGCAAAGAAGUAAUGUAGACUCUUCUGUUUCCAAGCGUAAUGAAGAGACCUUUAUAUGCGGCACUUGUGCUGAAAUGAUUGGUCGUGUGGAGAUUGAGGAAGAAUGUGGAGCUACUUUGGUUGUGUGUCCUACACCUAUUCUGCGACAGUGGCAGGAUGAAAUUUCUAGGCACGUGAGACCUGGAACCUUGAGAGUUCUGGUGUAUGAGGGAGUGCAGAAAGGUGCCACUGUGGUGUCAGGCAAAGGCUCGCUUGAAAGCUCUAAAGUGGAAAAGAUCAAAACAGUUGGUGCCCAUGAUCUGGCUACAGCAGAUCUUGUACUCACAACUUACGACACACUCAGGGCUGAUGUUUCUCAUGCAGCAACUGCAAGUCAUAAAAUUGUGCGAUCCUUUCGUCAACCUAAAAGGUAUCCAGUCGUUCCCACAGCCCUAACCAGAUUAAAAUGGUGGAGAUUGUGCUUGGAUGAAGCACAAAUGGUUGAAAGUGUGUUAGCACGAGCGACAGAGAUGGCUAUGACACUUCGAACAACCCAUCGUUGGUGUGUCACAGGAACACCCAUUCAACGUGGUUUGGAUGAUUUGUAUGGUUUGCUGCGUUUUCUGCGUGCAGAGCCCUUUGAUAAUAAACGUUGGUGGACGGUAGUUCUGAAGGAACCUUAUGAGGAAGGGAAAUAUGGCGCCGUUCGUGCUAUGCAUGAUCUUUUCCGAGGGUUGAUGUGGCGCUCUACGAAAGCUCAAGUAGCUGAUGAACUCGGAUUACCACCGCAAGAUGAGCGGUUAGAUUGGCUAAGGUUCUCACCUAUUGAGGCUCAUUUCUAUCGGCAACAGCAUGAACGUUGUGCUGUGAGAGCUCGAGAAGUCAUUGCCAAUUAUAGAAAACAUUUAUCAACACGGUCUUAUGGGAGAAGAUCCCGUGCACGAAAAUCAUUUGGCACCCAUACAAGUCUCGAAAUUCCAACUUCUGUCACUUCGGAUGUAGCAUCAGAUUUAAGUAGUACAAGGAAUUCGCAGCAUGUUCAGGAUGGAGAUUUAGGAAUGAAGGCUCCUUCAGAAGAGCUUGAGGAUAGACUUCUCUCAAACAAAGAAGCAGAGAAACUUUUGGACCAACUUCGUUGUCUUCGACAAGCCUGUGUUCACCCCCAAGUGGGCAGUGCUGGCAUACGCUCACUACAAAGGUCACCUAUGACGAUGGAUGAAAUUCUGGAGGUUCUGGUGGACAAAGCCAAAUUGGAGGCAGAGGAUGCUCAGCGCUCUUUGUUUGGAGCACUGAAUGGCCUCGCCGGACUGGCCAUUAUUGACAACAACAUUCCACUUGCAGUCUCUAUUUAUCGAGAGGUCCUUUCAUAUACUGAAGAAAAUGCACAAGAUAUCCGUGUUGAUCCGCUUCAAAAAUUGCAUACACUCUACAAUUUGGCCGAGGUUCUUGAAGUCAAGUCUCAAACAGGAGGAGCUGAUCACAAAGAAAGUGAUGCUGCAAUCAGCAAUUCUGGCAGGUCACAAGCUGGUGAAAACAAAAUCAGAUCUGAUGUUCCCAGGACAUUACGUGAUGACCUUCUUUUGAAACAAUGCGAGGAUAUCAAAACGAAAUACCUCGCUCCAUUUUAUGCAAAACUGGCGGCAGUGCAAGCAGACUUUCAAAGUGCAACCAAGCAGGUACAGGAGGCAAAAGCAGAUCUAAGUGAUGGUAGGAGCGCUUGGUGGAUGGAGGUACUAAGUAGCUUGGAACAGCAACCUGAUAAUGGCAAGGAUUUUAUUAGAAAAGUUCGAGAUCACUUACUUGAAAACGAUCACUUGGGUGAAGCUGGAAACAUGGGACGUGUUAAACAUCACAACAUAUCCAGUAUCGCCUUGAGGUUUCAAGAUGUUUCUGGGUUGAAAAUGGUUCUACUCAGAGAACUUGAAGCCAUGGAAGAUGGUCGCGAAGAGUUACUACAACGGUUAACGGAUUUGGGUGCUAAGAUGGAGAACCCUGAUAUAUUUGAUGUUGAACGUGCCGGAAAUUGCUCCCGUUGUCAACCCGAUAUGAAGGGUCCUGCAUGUGCUCACUGUGAAGCAGAGGAGCUAUUCCAGGCAUACGAGAACAGAUUGUUUUUUUUAAAGGUUACAGGAACGGGGGAGGUGGCUGUGUCUGCAGAGGAUGCUCUAAUUGCACAGCAUGCUAGUCUUGCUCUCAAGCGCCGAGAAUCAAGCCAUAAAGAUGCUCCUGUGGAAGUUUUAGAACGUAGGGCACGGAAUAGAGGCGUGACGUCAGCUCAGGUGACAAGAGCGCCAUCAGGAACAGAACGAAUCUUGACAACGUUGAGAGGUCAAGUGGGAAGGGAUAAGCUACCAGCAGCUAGGAAGCAUCUUCAGUUGCUAGAGGCAAUGCGGAAAGAAUUUGCGCAAGCCAAAGUGUUAGCUUUAGCCCAGCGAGAAGUAUUCUUUGAAGUACACGAGCUAAACAUGGCCACAACACGCCUCCGUCUGAGAUAUCCGGGAGAAAAGAUUCCUAAUAUCUCUGUACUACAUCCUGAACAAGUACCUCAACAAAAUGUUCAUCUUACAGCAGAGAAGUUUGCUGCUCUUGAGGAGCUGAAUCGAGUGAAGGGUCAACUGCGUUAUUUGAACGGUGUGAAAUCAGCAAGACAGAAAGUAGAGCGAGGCGAAUCGGCGAAAACAAUGAUUCCGUCAGAAUCAAGCAUUUCAGUUAGCAAACCAGUUGAAUCGAACGAGGAAGAAUGCCCCAUAUGUCACGAAAUUCUGGGAUCUCGAUUCAUGGUUCUUCCUUGUGGUCAUGUGCUAUGUUGCAAAUGUAUGCUUAGUUUGGUCGAGCGGUCCACAUUGCCACAAUCACAGAAAAAGAUAAACUGCCCUUCAUGUAGACGCCGCACAAAUGUGUCUGAAGUAGCCUAUGUUGUCAAUACACAUGAAAAGGAGGGGUUAGAUCCCACAAUAGCUCACUUUCAGGGAGGAGAAAAAGAAGAUGUCGAUUUUGCCUCGUCAGUGAAAGGAUCUUACGGAACUAAGUUAGAGGCGGUACUUAGGCGGAUACUAAGGCUGAAGUCAGAGGAUCCAGAUAUGAAGGUUCUUUUAUUCUCAGAAUGGCAAGGUGUGCUUGACGUUGUGGAGCACGCACUGAAAACCAACCACAUCACCUUUACUCGUGUCAAGCGUGGAGGGCAAAUAAAUGAUGCAAUUGAUAGGUUUAGAGGUGUUGAGGAAACCGUUGGCAAGAAAAGGAGUUCAAGAAAAAGAGCAAAUGUGGAUGAGGUGCAAGGGCCUGUGCAGGUGCUUCUUAUGCCAAUCAGGCAUGGGGCAAAUGGCCUAAACUUGGUUGAAGCCCAGCAUGUCAUGCUAUUGGAACCGCUUCUCAAUCCUGCCAUGGAGGCUCAAGCCAUUAAUCGUGUGCAUCGUAUUGGCCAGACACGUGCGACAUUUGUCCAUCGUUUCAUUGUUCACGACACCGUGGAAGAGAGCAUAUAUGGGUUGAGGAGACAAAAAGCAAUGAAUUUACCGGGAGGUGCCACUGGCAAGUCCGAUGUGUACAAUCUCACUCUUAAAGAUCUGAGUUCUCUGUUCUCAAUUCAGACUGGAGUUGCAAGUAACUCGGCCCAGGUACAGCCUUCUGCUAUUGCGGCCAGCUCGGGUAGUUUAACGCCAGCAAGAGCAGCGGCUGCUGCCGCCGAAGCCAGACUUAUGCUUCGCUUAGAACCUUAAUCGAGGCAGAUUUAGAACCUCUCAUGAGGCGUCACCCAGGUAAAGAAGUUAGGUUGCAAUAUCUUCCUGGCACUGUUCAUCACACAAUCUUUGGCCAUUACGACAAUGUCCAUGUGUACAAUCCUAAUAUUUUAUGGAGCAUAUCAGUUCAUUUGCAUUC